UCUUGAAUACCACCUGACAAAUUUUCCUGUUAAGAGUCCCAUUCUGAUUACAAACAAUGUUUGACCAAAGACCACACACCCAUUUAAAUGGUGACCACACACUAUGUCAAGUGUGUAUGUAUUAUAAUUGAUAAUUGAUACACCUUCUCUUCUAAGUUCUAACUUCUAACGCUCCUUCUCUUCUCUCGCUCUGUGCUGUGUGUGAGAAAGAGAUAUAGAAACCAAACACAAGGAAUUAGAAUGGCAAAGGUAAGAGAUCAGAAGCUAUACGUCACCGUUCCGAGUCUCUUUCGGUGCCCAAUCUCCAUGGACGUGAUGCGCUCUCCCGUAAGCCUCUGCACCGGCGUCACAUACGAUCGCGCCAGCAUUCAGCACUGGCUCGACUCAGGACACGACACCUGUCCCGCCACCAUGCAGGUUCUUCCCUCCAAAGACUUCAUCCCCAAUCUCACGCUCCACCGCCUCAUCCGCCUCUGGCUCAUCUCCUCCUCCUCCUCCGAACCUCCCUCCCCCUCCUCCUCCGCCGACCACCUCCGCCCUCUCCUCCGCCAAAUCCAAACCUCCGACGACAACGUCCCCGGUAUUCUCUCCAAAAUCGCCGAAUUCGCCAAGAAAUCCGGUGAGAAUCGCCGGUCUCUCGCCGCCUUCCCCGGCUUCGACUCCGCCGUGGUCCGCGCGCUCACCGGAAGCAAUUCACUCAUCGACGCGGCGGAAAACGCGAUCUAUCUUCUCGGUUCAGUUUUCCGAGAAAACGGAAAGUCAACUGGAGAGAGAAUUCGAAAGCUGAUUCUUGACGCUCGCGAACAAUGCUUUGAUGCGAUGAUAUUUGUUCUCAGAAACGGAUCUCUGAAAUCAAAGAUUGAAACGGUUAAGGUUUUGGAGUUUCUCGCGUUCGAUUUUCAAUCUUCCAAAUCGAUCAGCGAAGCAUGCGGAUUGUUGUCGUUGCUCGCGAGUUUUUUAAAGGACGGCGGAGAGGAGCUAAACGACGCCGUUUUGUCGCUGCUCGGCGUCGUUUCGGUUACUCACUCCGCGAAGGUGGAACUCGUUAGCUCCGGAGUUGUUGAAGUGGUUACGAAAUUGCUGCGAGCGUGUUCGGCGGCGACGGCGGAGAGGUGUUUGAGAAUGCUGGCGGUGUUGGCCACGUGCGCGGAGGGUCGGGCGGCGAUGGCGGAGGAGCCGUCGUGUGCUGCGGCGGUGGUGGAGAGGAUUACGAAGGCGUCAAAGGCUGCGGCGGCGGACGCGGUGGCGGUGCUGUGGAGCUUGUGCUGUUUGUGCAGGAACGUGAAGGUGAGAGAUGAGGUGGCAAAGCGAAACGGCGUCGUGGUGGUUUUGUUGGUUAUGCAGAGGGGGUGGGAGGAGCACGUGAGAAGCAUGUGCGUGGAUUUGAUUAAGGUUUUGAAGGGUGCGUGUAAGAACGGGUUGGGGUUGGAACUAGGAUGCUAUGACACCAAAACCACUCAUAUAAAACCUUGCUAAUGUUGUAACAUUGAUUAAGUUGAACCAACUUUUUUAUUUUUAGUGAAUAGUUGAACCAUCUUUUUAGCAUGCAACAAAAGAAUGUUUUAUGUUGGUUAACUUUGCUCUUAUCGAUCUUUUCUUUUUAGUAUUAGAAGGAAAGAAAGAAAUGGAGAAAAAAUGUAUAUGGUAGAGAGAAUAAUAUUUGAACAUAACAAAGUAGAAGGAAAACAAAUUUCAUUUGA